UCUAAAAUGGCUGCUUCCACGUCUGAAGUGAUCAAUGAUCUUCCUGAGUCACUGUCGCUUUUACAAAGGUUAACUGAACAGGUUUCCAAUGUGACUAAACAUGUGCAGAAUCUACUACACAAAGUACAGGAUGGUGAGAUAUCAACAAAUAAAGGUGUCAGUUUUCUGGAAGUCAAAUAUCAGCUUUUACUCAGCUACCUUGUUAACUUAACUCACACUAUGUGGAAAAAAACUGGUGGAAAAUCAUUAAAGAAUGACCCUGAUAUUGACAGGCUUGUGGAAAUCAGGACAGUGCUGGAAAAGAUGCGACCCAUUGAUGACAAAUUACAUUACCAAAUAGAUAAGUUGGUAAAAACUGCCACAACUGGAAAUGUCAAUGAAAACGACCCAUUGAGAUUUAAACCAAACCCUGACAAUUUAUCAAGUAAGUUUGAUGAUGAGAGUGAAAAUGAAGAGGACAGGAAAAAACAGAAAGUUCAAAAAUAUGUUCCUCCCAAGUUAGUUGCCAUGCCUUAUGAUGAGGAAGAUACAGUAAUUGACCAACAACAAAAGAAAGAAGAGAAAGCCAAAAAGAGAGCUCUUAAUAGUCAAUUUAUGAGAGAACUUCGAGAGGAAUAUUUAGACAUACCUGAAGAGAUUAAGGAAUUCACAGAUUUCCGUAAAAUGAAAGAAGAUGUAGAGAGCAAACAGAGACAGCAAUAUGAAGAAGAACACUUUGUCCGUCUACCAGUUACUAAGCAACAAAAGGCUGCCCAGAAACGUUCUCUGAUGAAAUCAAGCCUUGCUGAUUUGACAAGUUUUGGUGAACUCAGUGCACUGACUGGGGCACAUGAUACAGAUGGCAGCUCGAAGAAAAGGAAAAAAAGGUCAUCGAAGGGAAAGAAAUUCAAAGGCAAGAAGAAAAAGAGAUUCUGAUUUAUUUCUACAUGUUUCUUUUGUACAUCUCCCAGUACUAUAUGUAAUAAAUGACAAUCUAAUUUCAUUACUAGUCAUCA